AUGGCAUCUAACAUUUUUUUUUCGAUCAAUAAAAGUCAAGAAAGAUCCGUGGGAGAUGGCACCGAAACUUUGCUUCUGGAUACAAUCAAUAAGAUUCUUGGUAAACUAUUUUUUUGAAACAGUAUAUCCAUUUUUUUACUUGAAGAUAUGAUUUGCACUUUGGCGUCGAUGGGUAAGGAAAAAGAAGAAAUGAGGCAUGAUUUCGAGAAAGCACGAACUGCUGUCUUGAUACAGUCGCUCCUGUGA